UGAACAAAAAAGUACAGUACAUAGCAAGGUACAAGUUGUCCAUAAAAAAUCAGGCUGCUCUGCUCUCUCUAUAUAAACACCCACAAAUAAACCAUUACAUCAACACUAUCAAGUCUCAAGGAAAUGCUCUCAAUUUCUUAUCGUGUACAAUUUCAGUUUGCUCUACUAAGUUAAAUGGGCAUUCGUGUAGCAGACAUUGUUCUUCAUCAUGCUAAGCAAAUUGUCCGAAGACAUAAGAGGUCUCAACAUUUCAAGUACCAUUUCUUAUAUACACCACUUGCAUCGACAAUAACAGCAACAACAACGUUGGAUGUUCCGAAAGGCUGUUUUGCGGUUUAUGUCGGAGAGGAAGACGAGGAGAAGAAGCGGUUUGUGAUUCCGGUUUCCUACUUGAACCACCCUUCAUUCCAAGAUUUGUUGAGUCAGGCUGCCGAAGAGUUUGGUUUUGAUCAUCAAGUGGGUGGCCUUAGAAUUCCUUGCAGUGAAAGGCAUUUUACGGACCUCACUUUCCGUUUAAAUAUUAGAUAAGUUCUGAGACUAUAUAGGAAGUUAAUUAUUGCCUUAGUUCAUAGUUCUGUAAAUGGUAGAAGAAUGUCAUAUGUACAUUUAAUACCUUUGCUCGUCACUCUUAAUUCAGUAGUAGUUCUUAACUUGUUGCUCUAGACCAUAUACAAAGUGGUGUACACGAGUUUUCCAUAGUGUGAGUAAGACCAAACUAUCACUUAAGGAUAUAUAUGUGUCGACAUAUAAGUGUAUGGACUGAUGUUAUUAUUAGACUUAAUAUUGUUUAAACUAGUAUUAAACAUUAU